AUGGGGCGCAGGUUGCGGCCGCCAUGCCCACCUUCAAUGAGCGGCCUGGUGCCGCCGGCGCCCCUUGUGGUCCCGGAGGCGACGGCGCCGGUGGACGUGUCUUCUGGCGACUCCCGCAAUGAGGAGGAAGAGGAGGAAGACGAGGAGCGUGACUCGGAGGCGACACACGAGGGGAUGGGGGAGACCUCCCCCUUGCAGAAGUCUGACCUCCUCCGCACCAUGCCUGACAACGGCGACGAGGCCGAUGUCCUCCAGAGGGGGGAGCCGCCCGUGAUCCCGACGAGGGGCAGGUCGGCGUUGGUCUCCCGAGAUGAAGCCCCUACUCUGACUCCGCCUGGGGCUGCUUCUGGUCCAUCCGCUGCCCCUCCUCCUACUCUUGGCACCCGCGCGUCUGCGGCUCAGGCUGCGAGGCUCUCCGGCUUCAAGCUUACGAAGCGGAGGGACUACGAUGUGAUAGACCUGCCAACGCCUGCGGCGAAGAAGAGGAAGGAGGAAGCGGUGGUGCUGCUUGGGACCAACCUGCCUGCCGCGGCUGCGUCUCCCUCCGUGGAGAAGGGCAGCGUUGGCGCUCAUGUCUCUCCAUCUCGGUCGUCCUUGCGAGGCCUGGGGGAGAAUCCUCGGGAGGAGUCAGCCCCCGUGGCCCCGCUGGCUCCGGAGGCACCGGUGUCCAGCUCGGCUGCUGAGGUCUCCAAAGCUCAGGAACCCCCAGUCUCCCAGGCUAUGGUAACGAUGCCGCCUCCUCCCCCUCCUGCUGCACCGCUAGCUCCAGGUUCUUCUGCCUCCCCUGACGUCUUGGAGCGCGCUCUUUCUGAGAUGACCCGGCUGCGAGAAGAUCUUCAGGGCGCUGACCCCCACCUGGUAGCUGGGCGCCUGGAGCUGGUCUCUGGCUGGCUUCAUUCUGACGUGUUCGUUCGGGCGGCGCUGAGCCAGGCUGCGGCAACCUCCGAGAAGGAGAAGCAGGCCGCCGCCCAGGUAGCGACCGCUCGCGAGGCGGCGCCGAAGGAUGUCGAGUCCGCCCAGGAUCGCUGCCGGGUGCUGGAAGCCGAGCUGAAGACCCUGCGCACCAAGCAUGCGGAAGAAGCCCGCAGCCGCAAGGCCGCGGAACGCAGCCGGCUGAAGAAGCUGGAGCAGAAGGUGGAGGCGGAGAAGGCUGAUCUUGACACCAAGGCGAAGGUCCUGGCUGAGGACCGCGAGGCCUUCAAGCUCCUCGAGGUGAGGGCUCGGAAUGCGCUGCAGUCGCUCUACGAGAAGGGCUUGGAGGAGCCGCUGGCCACCAGCAAUGAGGGCCCCGUCCAGCUGCUUCCUUAUCUGGUUGAUGCGCUUGAGGACGUCGUGAGCGGUAUCGGCCCCAUGGCAGAGGGGGAAGCCUGCGUUCUUUCCUCGGCCGCGUUGACACGUGUCUUCAGCCAUCUCCAUCUUCGCGACUAA